GCGAAGGAAGGCAGAGGAAGAAACGUGAAGGAGAAGAAAGGAGAAAAAGAAAAAAAGAAAGAAAAAGAUUUAGCCGUCCGAUUCCAAUUCCGACUUGGGUGUACGUUGGAGGAGAUUUGGGUGAAGUUAUAAAAAUCCAGAAAGUAUCGGUAGGAGGAAAAAUUGGGGGCAGUAUGUCGAAUUCUCGAGGUGGUGGUGUACGUAGGGCUAUUCAAGGCCCAGAGUUUGACCCUUCGUCUGAUGAGUCACAGUAUCCUGUGCCAGCGCAUGUACCAACAGAGGCACCUAGUCAGGAUUUCUUUCGGCAGUUUAUGGCCGCGAUGAUGCCUCAACAGAGUAGUUUCAUUGAUGCUGUGAUGCGGCAUAACCCACCAACAUAUUCUGGUUCAGUGGAGCCAGGAGUCCUUGAGUUUUGGGUUGAAAAGAUGGAAAAGAUAUUUCGUGUUGUUCAGGUUCCGCCAGAUCAACGAGUUAAUAUUGGAGCCUAUUUCUUGGAAGGCCGAGCAAAUCGGUGGUGGUUAGGUGAAGAAGCUGCAGGUGUAGACCAAGUGGAUAUGACUUGGGAUGAAUUUAAAGCAAAGUUAAAGGCUAGGUUUAUACCGUCGCAUAUUCGAAAAGCGAAGAAGCAAGAAUUGCUGGACUUAAAGCAGGGCUCGAUGUCAGUUGAGGAUUAUUUUGUGAAGUUUAAUGAGUUGGAGAUGUAUGUUCCUGACUACUUUUCCUGUGAGCGAGACAGAAUUGACCAUUUUGUAGACGGGUUGCAACACAGAAUUCAAGAAGCUUUAGCGGUGUUGGAUAUCAGUUCAUUGUAUGAGGCUUACGAGCGUGCUGCCCGAUUUUAUCAGAAGCAGGAAGUCAGACAAAAGGAGAGUGAGAAGGAAAUAGGUUAUCAACAUCAGGUUCGAGAUAAGGGAAAAGCUAAAGUGGAGGAUGAACCCAAGGGUAAAAAGAAAUGGUGGCAAAUGUUUAGGUCUGGGCCAUCGUAUAAGGGGAUUUCGAUUAAUGAACCGAGUCAAGAGAGGUUUCAACAAUCGGGGGUUGUUUGUCGACAUUGUGGAACAAGUCAUUCAGGUACCCGUUGUGAUAAAGUUCCAUUGACAUGUUUUAAGUGUGGCGGAGUGAUAAGAAUCCCACAUCAGAUAGUACCCUUGAGCUCCCCAUGGUUAAGUUGUCAUUUCAUGAAUCGUUGGACAAUGAAUAUAUUUAUCCAAGUAUGUCACUUUGGAUGUAAGCUCCAGUUUUAUUUGUGAAAAAGAAAGAUGGAAGUUUGAGGUUGUGUAUUGACUACCGUGGACUGAACAAAGUCACGGUGAAGAACAAAUAUCCUCUUCCGAGGAUUGAUGAUCUAUUUGAUCAACUGAGAGGUGCAACUAUAUUCUCAAAGAUUGACUUGAGAUCUGGAUAUCAUCAGCUAAGGAUUGCAGAGCAUGACAUUCCGAAGACAGCUUUUCGGACUAGAUACGGGCAUUAUGAAUUCACGGUUAUGUCCUUUGGGUUGACUAACGCCCCGGCUGCGUUUAUGGAGUUGAUGAAUAGAAUUUUUCAACCAUACCUCGAUCAGUUUGUGGUGGUAUUUAUUGACGAUAUCUUGGUCUAUUCCCCAGAUAAAAAGACGCAUGCAAAACAUUUGCAUGUAAUAUUAAACAUAUUGCGUGCAAGAAGGUUAUAUGCCAAGUUAUCCAAAUGCGAGUUUUGGUUGAAGGAGGUUGCUUUCUUGGGGCAUGUUGUUUCUGGAAAGGGUAUCUCAGUAGAUCCUUCUAAAGUGGCGGCAAUCUUGGAUUGGCCAAGACCUACCAAUCAAUCAGAAGUAAGAAGCUUUUUGGGUUUGGCAGGAUAUUAUCGGCGAUUCGUUCUUGAUUUUUUGAAGGUUGCAAAACCAUUAACUAAUUUGCUGAAAAAGGAUGCAAAGAUUAACUGGGAUCACGAGUGUGAGUCAUCCUUUUUAGAAUUGAAAUAUCGAUUAACUUCAGCGCCAAUUUUGGCUUUACCAGUGGAAGGUGAGGAUUUUGAAGUGUAUAGUGAUGCUUCGAAGCAGGGAUUGGGAUGUGUCUUAAUGCAGAAUCAAAGAGUUAUUGCUUAUGCAUCACGACAACUAAAACCUCACGAAGAGAAUUAUCCGACACACGACUUGGAAAUGGCAGCAGUUGUGUUUGCUUUGAAGAUUUGGAGACACUAUCUUUAUGGAGCCCAUUGCAGAAUAUUUACUGACCAUCAAAGUUUGAAAUAUAUCUUCACCCAAAAAGAAUUGAAUUUAAGACAAAGAAGAUGGUUAGAAUUGGUGAAGGAUUAUGAUCUUGAAAUUGUGUAUCAUGAAGGCAAAGCAAAUGUUGUAGCCGAUGCCUUAAGUCGAAAACCAAGGCAUAACUUGGGCUUCAUGUCGGUUGCUGAUGAACUGUGCCAAGAUUUAGCGCGGAUGGAAAUUGAGGUACUUGGACGGGGUAUGACUCGGGGAUAUUUGCAAAUGAUACAAGUUGAGCCUGAAAUU